AUAAAUAUCGAAGGUCAUGUCAGAAACUUUGAAACAUAUGAACUACCAGCAAUGUUAGAUAAAAAAGCAGAUAAAGAACAUACACAUAACUCCUUCUCAACUGUUGCUAUAGAAAGUAUUGAAGGAACGGUUGGCGGAACUGGUGGGGAUGCAUUAUAUUAUAAACCUCCUAACUUUCCACAAGGUUUAACAUCGAAUGAAAACAUAACAACGAAGAAAGACAUUAGCUGUAAAAAUGUUUAUGUCAUGGAUGAUGAAAAUAAUGUUAAAUUCACUGCUCAAGAUUUAUAUGAUAAGAAAGCAGACAAAACAGAGCUUCAAACAUUAAAGACUGAAAUACUUCAAACAUUAUAUCCUAUAGGCUCUAUUUAUACGUCAAUGAACUCAACAAAUCCCGCAACAGUUCUGGGUUUUGGUACAUGGCAGCAGAUUGUAGACAAAUUCUUAUACUGUGCUAACUCUUCAAUGCAAACAGGAGGCUCAAAGAAAAUUAAAGAAGCAAACUUACCUGCGCACACUCAUACAGGAACUACAAACUUUUCUGGCGACCAU